AUGACGAACAUACAACGCCUUACAGUCAUAUCAGCCUUUGUCUUGUCUAAUACAGUCUACGGCCUUUUUCAGAAUGGCUCGCUUUUCUCUCCUUGCGAUUCACCUAUCUAUUGCCAAGGUGACAUUCUGAAGCAGAUCGAGCUUGCCCGACCCUUCUCUGACUCCAAGACCUUCGUAGAUCUGCCAACAAAGGUGCCCCUAGACCAAGUCCUUGCUGCCUUCGAUCAACUUAUCAAGCCACUCAGCAACAACACCGAGCUUAACGACUUCCUGUCAACUUGUUUUGGUGAAGCCGGGUCUGAAUUAGCCCAGGUCCCCAGAGACCAACUGCAUACCGACCCUGUCUUCUUAGACAAUAUCGAUGAUUCCGUAAUCAAGCAAUUUGUGCAGAAGGUUAUCGACAUUUGGCCUGCUCUAACUCGGACAUAUGUGGGUGCUACUAAUUGUACAGGUUGUGUUGACAGCUUCAUUCCAGUCAAUCGCACCUUUGUUGUUGCUGGUGGCCGAUUCAGAGAACCUUACUAUUGGGAUUCAUUCUGGAUCAUAGAAGGCUUGCUGAGAACUGGUGGUAGCUUCACCCAGAUCUCCAGAAACAUCAUUGAGAACUUCCUCGACUUUGUCGACCAGUUUGGAUUUGUACCCAAUGAUUACCUAAAUCGGUCUCAACCGCCACUCCUGGCCCAAAUGGUUAAGAUAUACGUCGACUAUACCAAUGACACGAGCAUUCUGGACCGUGCAUUACCUUUACUAGUUAAGGAGCAUAAUUUUUGGAUAAUUAACCGGACGGUAGCGAUCGCAUCGGGUGAUAGAACUUUCCACCUAGCUCACUAUGGAGUUAAGAAUACCGAACCACGUCCGGAGUCGUAUCGCGAAGACUAUAUUACGGCCAACAACAUGUCUUAUUAUGCGGCCUCCGGUAUUAUCUACCCAGAGUCACGUCCUCUGAAUGACAGCGAGAAGGGCGAGCUCUACGCUAAUCUUGCUGGAGGGGCUGAGUCUGGAAUGGAUUACAGUUCACGCUGGAUCGCCGUUCCGUCUGAUGCUGCCGGUGAUAAUUAUUUCCCACUACGUUCUCUUAAUACCGCGAAUAUAAUCGGCGUAGAUUUAAACUCAAUCUUGUACGCCAACGAGAUGACAAUCGCAGGCUAUUUAGAUACGACCGGAGACGAGGGAUUAGCUGCGGAGUUUAGGGACAUGGCUCGCAAUCGGUCAGCAGCCAUGUAUGUGUUAAUGUGGAAUGACAAAUAUCUGAGCUAUUUCGAUUACAAUCUCACGUCCGGGUCGCAGAGUAUAUAUAUACCAUCGGAUGCGGACACCACGCCGGCGCAAAAAGCCGAUGCCCCUGAUGGGUACCAAGUUUUUUUCCACGCCGCCCAAUUUUAUCCGUUUUGGCUGGGAGCUGCGCCCCCAGAGCUUAAAGACAACCCCUUAGCCGUGAAGCUCGUAUUUCAGCGUGUCUCAGAUCUUUUGUCCGAGAAAGCCGGAGCUGUUGCCGCUACCAACUUCGCAACUGGCCAGCAGUGGGAUCAACCUAAUGUUUGGCCCCCGUUGACGUACGUGUUGAUGAAGGGCCUUCUACAAACACCAGCAACUUUCGGCGAGGACGAUCCUUAUUAUAUCGAAACCCAAGAUCUUUCACUUCGUCUGGCACAGCGAUACCUCGACAGCACAUUUUGUACUUGGUUUGCGACAGGGGGUACGACGGACGAGACUCCUCAAUUGCAGGGCCUAGGCCCCGAGGAUGUUGGAAUUAUGUUUGAGAAAUGUAUGUCACGACCUUUAAAUUGCUCUUUUCCUCUUUCCUCCUCCUUCCUCUCUCAUGCCGAUAAUUCAACAAAUGUUGCUGGUGGAGGAGGUGAGUACGAAGUUGUUGAGGGCUUCGGCUGGACCAAUGGUGUCUUGAUCUGGGCGGUCGACACAUUUGGCAACAGGCUGAACAGACCAACUUGCGGGAACGUAACAGCAGCAGAUGUUAGCCAUGAAAAGAGAAAGAGAGAGUCCUUAGGUCAGAGAGCAGUCGAGCUCUCCCCUUACGAUGCCCGUUGGACAGCCAGGUUUAGUCAAGUAGCAUAA